UAUUCAGUUUCGCGGCUGCAGCAGAUAUAAAAGGACCGCGGAUGCACAUCUGAGAAGAUCCUGCAAAGGAGUCGCAUUAAGCUUCAAAAUAAUUUUUACUUCGUACUAAAAAUGGGGAGAAUGGGCAUCACUUUUGUUGCCCUUUUGGGAUUUUUCACAAGCGUACACGGUGAUACCACAGCUCCUGUCUUUACAAUGUGCGUACCAGAAAUUUAUUGGAAAGACUGUGUAAACAUGAUGAAGGACUCAGCAGCCAAGGGAAUCCCUGUUUCUUGUAUUACUGGACGUGAUAGAUACGAAUGUGUGGAAAAAGUUGGUAAAAAAGAAGCUGACGUGGUUGCGGUCGAUCCUGAAGACAUGUAUCUUGCAGCUAAAAAUAACUUUGCAUCUGAUCCUGGAUAUAAUGUUAUUGAACAGAUCCGUACAAAAGAAGAAUCAGAUGAACCAUACAGAUACGAAGCAGUAGCAGUUAUCCAUAAGGACCUCGAAAUAUUUGACCCUCAAAGCUUCCGAGGAUUAAACUCCUGUCACACUGGGGUCGGCCGCAAUGUGGGUUACAAAAUUCCGAUAACUAAAUUAACAGCAAUGGGCGUACUGGCUAACAUUAAUGACCCAGAGUACUCGGCGCGAGAAAAUGAGAUUCGUGCUCUCUCAACUCUGUUCAGCAGAGGCUGUCUCGUCGGAAAAUGGUCACCGGACCCUGCAAUUAACAAAAAAUUGAAGGAAAAAUACAGCAAUAUGUGCGAGCUGUGUGAAGAUCCAGUAAAAUGCGACUAUCCGGAUAAAUAUUCUGGAUACGAGGGCGCGUUACGUUGUUUGGCCCACAAUGGCGGUCAGGUGGCGUUCACCAAGGUUAUUUAUGUAAAGCGAUUCUUCGGUCUGCCAGUUGGUAAGUCUCCAGCAGUUCCAACAAAUGAAAAUCCAAGCGACUUCGCAUACUUCUGUCCUGACGGCACCAAGGUGCCUAUUGAUGCCCACACCAAGCCGUGCACUUGGGCUGCCAGACCUUGGCAAGGAUACAUGACUAAUGGACAAGUCAGUGACAUUACUUCAGUGCAAAAGGAAAUUGAAAAACUAGGAACUUUGGGUGAAGAAGAAAAAGCUGAUUGGUGGAAAGACUUGUUGCUGCUCGACGAAAAAACAAUUCCCAUUAUUUCAGAUAAAAUAAGCCCGGAACAACAUUUAGAAAACUCUAAAUACUUGGAUGUUAUUGAGAGAAAUUCUGGAGCCCCUGAAAGAGACGCGCGUUGGUGUGCAUGGAGCGAUGAGAGUUUGGCUAAAUGUCACGCACUUGCUAAGGCUGCUCAUUCUAGAGAUGCAAGACCGAGAUUAGAUUGUGUACUUGAAAAAGAUCAAGAAGCAUGUUUGACAACUCUGAGGAAUGAAGGGGCUGAUUUAGUGAUCUUGACUGGUGGCGCUGUAAAAAAAGCCAUUGAAGAAUUUAAUGUCAAGCCAAUAAUUGCAGAAAACUAUGGAAAUGGUUCAACUAAAUUCAGUGAACGUCCAGCAGUUGCUGUUGUUAAGAAAGAUAGUUCAAUUAAUAAAUUAGCUGAUCUGAAAGACAAAAAAUCAUGUCACACAUUUUAUAAGAGCGAUUUCGCCGGGUGGUUGGCACCAGUCCAAGUAUUAAAAAAAGCCGGUCUAAUAACCUCAGAGGAAGGACUCGGGGAGUUCUUUGGCGGAUCUUGUGCACCAGGUGCUUCUAAGACAUCACCUCUUUGUCAGCAGUGCGUCGGAGACAUGGAGUCCCAAGACGAUCAGACUAAAGAAGCGACUAGAUGUCAGCCUACCCAAGCCGAAGAUUUUAGUGGCAGUAAAGGAGCUCUCUCAUGCUUGACAAGCGGCCAUGGAGACGUUGCCUUUGUUCCUUAUACAGUAUUAGAAAAAAUAAAGCAUGAUAACACUUCAGAUAUCAAAAUCUCCGACUUGAUGCUACUUUGUCCAAACGGAGGAGUAUCUUCAAUCGACCAAUACCAAGACUGUAAUUUAGGAUACGAACCACCGCGAGUUAUUGUCAGUCACGCGGGCAAAUCUGACAACGUCUUGGAGGAAUUGACUCAUGGUGUUCUUACUGCUACCAGUUUGUACUCAAAGCGACCAGAUCUUCUUCAACUUUUUGGUGCUUGGGGUGGCCACAAAAAUAUUCUAUUCAAAGAUGACGCCAUUGGGCUCGUCUCUGUUGACAGCACCUGGGAUCACUGGGACCAAUGGGCUUCUACGGAACAAACUUUUGGAGCCAUUUAAUUUAAGUGUAUUUCUAUAAGUAAUUUUUAAUAAAGAAAACUUAAUUAUUCACUAGAUAAA